GAUAAUAUAAGUACUCCCAAGAGCCCUCGCCGUCACUUCGAUUCCACCGGUGCGAUCGCGAUCAGAGUUCGAUGCCGCAGAAGAGGCUCCGCCGCCGCCGCAGGAGGUCUCCUCGCCGGCGCCGUGGUGAAGAAGGCGCAUCUUUAUCUGCCCCCCUUGUCGAAUCGGAUAGCAGCAGCGUGACUUCCGGCGCACCGGCGCCGGAACCCCUCGACGAGCCGCCGGCUCGCGAGUACGAGUCCAGGUACCAUGAGAUGCUCGCCUCGCGCCUCGCCGUGCUGCCUCUACCAGCCUACGCCGACGAGGAAGGCCCAGAUCUCCCUUCUGAUGAAACCUUCGAAGCCCUCGUUCGUCCUUAUUUCUACGAUGACGAGCUGCGGGCUGCUCUGGUACAGUACCAAGCCCACAAGCUCUUGAGCGGACCAGAUGAUGUCCAUGGACGAGAUGGAGAUUCUGAGGCUGAAGUUGAUUCGUCCUCCUCACUGAUGGAUGAUAUCACCGAGGAGGAAUUCGUCAAGUACUCUGAAGAGCUCAAGGCUCGCAGCAGUGCUGAAAUUGACACUGACACUAGACUGAAUCAAGAGCAGUUCAACAGGCUCCAUGUCAAGUAUGUUCGUUAUCGCAUCAAAGCUUGCCUGUUGUUGAAAGGAAAGCAUAUCGACGAGCUAGACGACGCUACAUUGGAACGCAAGUGCCCUAUUGAGCUUGCCUUGGGGGACAAAGACUUGUCCCCUUACCUGGAAGAUGGCGCCUUUGGCUGGUAUUUCGACUCCGACCUCUGCUUACUUUCUUCCUUGAGCGACUACCAGCGGCUAGUCCUUCCUAACUGUACUUGGAGUGAGUAUGAAAGCUUGAGCCAAUACAUAGCGUUUUAUAACACCCCUGAAGUUGAUAGAGACUAUGUGCUGUACUGGGAAAAGAUGGUCAAGGAAAUUAAGUGGCUUGAAUAUCAUGUGCUUAAAGAAGAUACUCCGGAGUGGGAUCAAAUCCGUCGUAAAGGUUUAUACCAAGCAAUUAGGAUUGCUGCAGAGUUCCCCAACAUUGAUUUCAGUCUAGCAUAUUAUGGUUUCAUGGAGUAUAUAUGGAGGACUCGCUUUUAUGUCGUGUUUGUGAAAGGUCUUGACCGUGCCUAUUUUGAGAUUUGGGAGCGGGUUACUGGGCAGCAGAUGUGUUUCAGAGAUGCUCUGCAGGAAGUUUGCAAUGAGAAUUCGGUUCCAUCGCGCCAACACACUUUGAAGGACGAGCUAAAGCGACCCGGAGGCUUUUUGCAACUGGAGCAACAACUCCGCCGGUGCACAGAGGGCAUUAGUAAGGAAGUUCCAGAUUGGAUAGCUCGUGAGAUGAUUUCUCAGGAAGUUAGAUUCAAGCGCGCGUUGCCGAAGACGUAUGCGCAGUACGCCAGGAAGAAGCUCAAGGUUGCAGAAGCCAUAGGAUUGAUUCCCAAGGCCAAGGCCUAGAUACCAGCGUAGAUGUGUUUGUUGCUGACGUGCUUAUUAGCGGUUCCUUUUGCCGCCGUUGCCAUGUUUUUGUUGCUCCUAUAUAUGGUCAGAGGAUAAAUUUGUUUAUCUGCCUUGCUCGGAGGCUUUGGCAACUUGGAUGGAGCUGACCCCAUGGCAGGAAAAGAGCCAACCUGGAAAGCUUUUUCGGCAAAAUGGCGUGAGGGAGGCUUUAAUGUGCCCCAAAUAAGCUGCAGGAGAUUCCAAGCACGAAAUUGUGUGCCGCAAACUCAUACCCUUGAGUGAUCAGCUCAAAACUCAAAUGCAUGCAGAUUUUGACUGAAUGAAUGUCACUGUUGUUGAAGGAUGCAAAGGGUAAAUCAUUUCAGAUAAGAGUCUAAUAUGUUGAGUCCAUGCUGCUGCUUGUCUGGAAAACACAAGCCAGAAAGUUCAGCAACUAGCUAAUUAAUACAGCGGAGCAGGUAUGGGAUGAUGUGGUGCAGUGCAAAUGGUACUGCCAGCAACCAACUUACUGAGCCAUGUACCUUUCAUUUACCUAUUUAGUUAGUAAUUUUGCUUAAACAAGUACU